ACCCUGACCUCGACCACACCUCGAACUGAAAAAAUUCCAAUAUAAUAGUCAUAAUUAUAAAGUUCCUAAAAUAAUCUCUAGUGAUAGUUAGGAUAUAAAAAUGUAUAGUUCGAACGAAUUCUUACAUAGUGCCGGUGUUAGCCGUCACAUGGAAGCGACGGGUGAAACUCCCACCCAGAAAACUAGCAUGAAACGUCGCUCAUGCGAAGUCCCUUUAGGGGAUAUAUCUUCGAAUAACUUUAAAGUAUCCCUAGGAGAUAUAUCGACUAUAAAUGAUGCCCCAAAUUAUGACUGUAGGUCCCUUCGCUCAGUCAAAUCCGAGGAUACUAGAUCCUUACGAUACAGACCUAUAGAUAGUAGAAGUGUUAAAAAUUUUCGAUCGUCCCUAGCUGAUAUUUCCACGUGUUCGUUAUCGCGGCCCCCUAGUUACGAUCAGCUGUCCAGGAGGUCGAUAGUCGAAGGUCCGGAUGCUCAAGGAAUAACGUCCAGCAUCGAAGGCGUGCUGUGGUCAGAUGAAGAAGAAAAUGAAUACUUCUACCAUGAGAAUAUUACAACUGCUUGGAAUCAAGACCUGGCGGCAAUACGACAGCUACUCGAGAGCGAGACGGGAGGCACGACCUGUCCAAGUUGUAACAUGCCCUUUGACAAGGGCAAAAAGAGAAAGCUGAUCGACACUUGCGGACAUGAACGCUGCUACUCCUGCAUGUUUAGGAACGAAGCGUGCCCUUUAUGUGCCAGAAAAAGACAGGGUAGACAGCAAGUAAUGGAUCGAUAUACACCAUCUCCACAAAGACAAGACCAAGAUUGGCAGUCGCCGCUCCGAUUGCCAAAACCUCCAAAACAACCCACCAAUCUCACACAGAGCUGCCCCACACCGCCUCACACGAGAAAGAGAUUCUUUCUUAGCCCCAAAUCCCUGCGCAGUCCAUUUGGGCUGCGAUCCUCCCGGCAUUCUCACGAGAACCACGUGCCUCUAUCUGGAUUGCCAGAGGAAGGCCCAAGAACAGCGGCGUGGCCGAGCAUGGUCUUCAAUAAGAUCAGAUCGCUCUGGUCGGCGCACUCGUCAGUGCCACAAGGGCUCAACCAGUUAGCAGAUGAUGAAGGCGGCCACAUCAAGCAGGGCUACGAGUCAAGAAGGCAGAAUGACCUGUACAUGCGGCUCGGACUCUUGCUCGGCGAGCGGCGCGGUGCUCGCAAUAAAGCUCGAGAUAGCUGUACCUCACUUGCCUCACUCGACGCGCAUACACUUGCCUCACAUAACACUAGCCCGGUAUCUACCCUGACAGGGUCGUCGGAAGUCGAUGUGGUGACACCGUUAGGUCGGGACUCUCUCGGCUCCCUGGCAUCCAUGUCACUAUCUGCAGCUAGCAACUGCUCAUCAUCGAGCCCUGGCAGCAGACGGCAUUCCGUCAAUGCAUUGCAAAGUGCUCGCUCUGAAGAACUAACACGGAUGUCCAGUGGGUUCUUUAAGUCUAGAAAAACAGCGGCCAGGCGAUCUGCACGGGUCAGCAGUAAGCAAUCUUCAUCUUCUUCUGAAAUUAAGAAAGUAUACCCUUCACUACCACUUGCAUUACGACCAUUGUUCUUCGAAGUUCCAUCAACAGACAGCAACGCCUACUUCUGCGGCCGUCAGUGGCUGGUCAGGGAUAUGGAGAAAGCACUGGAAUCCAGCACAUCAGGAAUCCUUAUAUCCGGUACCCCAGGAACAGGCAAAACGGCGUUUAUAUUACAACUAGUUGAGUAUUCAUGCUUCGGUCGAAAAAGGAACUAUGAAUACGAGGAGUUACGAGAACAAUGUGAUAUCAGAGAGUUGUUACCUGAAGAAGUCACCGCUACGAUGUUUACACGACUCGCUUCUAAUGUUGUGGCCUAUCACUUCUGCCAGGCCGAUAAUAACAACACCUGUUUAGUAGGGGAGUUCGUUCACUCUCUCGCAGCACAACUAUGUCAAGCACCUAAGCUCCACGCAUACAGGGAAUAUAUCCUCAGUGAACCGCAUCUUACGGCUUGUCUAUCACUGAAAGAAUGUAUAGCUGAUCCAGACUUGGCUUUCAUGCGUGGUAUCAUAGAACCUCUUAUCAUAUUGAGGAAAAAUGGAAGCAUAGAAUCAGGCAACUGCAUUAUUUUAGUUGAUGGACUCUGUGAAGCUGAAUACCACAGACCAGAUCAUGGACACACUGUAGCUUCUUUCCUAGCUAAACAUGUCCCUGAGAUGCCUUCGUGGCUUAAAGUUGUAGUGACAGUCAGAACACAGUUUCUGGAAAUAAGCAGACAACUCCCGUAUACGAGACUAAGUUUAGAUGAGUCUGAUAAUGUACAUAAGGACCUUCUAGAAUAUUUCAAUACCAGAGUACAGGCAGCUCCUAUUAUUGAAACAAAUAUUAAAUGCUCAACAGGCAAAUCGGAAGGGGUUCACAAUUCUGUAAUGAAAUUCGCUCAAUACGUCCUACAUUUGAGCCAAGGAUCGUUUUUGUUCCUGAAAUUAAUUUUAGAUUUACUCGAAAGAAGUCACAUCGUCGUGAAAUCAACUAACUAUAAAGUAGUGCCAAUAUCGUUGGCCCAAAUAUUUUUAUUGCAAUUCAAUUUGAGAUUCCCCACUGUGCAGUCGUUUGAGAAAAUAACUCACAUAUUGAGCGUUUGUUUGGCAGCUCUCUAUCCACUAACUUUAGUCGAGAUAUACUAUUCGGUCAAUUCAUUAUUAGUUGACACGUUUCUGCCAUGGGAAGAAUUUUGCGACAGAUUUGAAUCCCUCACGGAUUUUCUUGUGAAGAGAAUCGACAACACGUAUAUGUUUUUCCAUCCGUCAUUCAGGGAAUGGUUGAUUCGUAGAGAAGAUAAUGAAAGCUCGAAGUUCCUUUGUGAUUUGAGAGCAGGACACUGUGGUAUUGCAUUUAGACUAUCCAGGGUACAAGCGCCGCUGGAUUCUGAAAAGACUAUGGAAUUAGGACAUCACAUUCUUAAAGCGCACAUGUACAGAAACAUGGGACCCGCUCAAUUAGGAUUAUGCCCGAGAGAUUUGCAAGCCAUGAUGGUGGCCACGAGUUCUGCAAAUGUUGGCGAAGCAAUAGCCAACAUGAGAAAUAUAUAUACGCCAAACGUAAAAGUAUCGCGACUAAUGCUCCUAGGUGGAGGUUCGCCUAAUCAAAUCACAGAGUGCCUUGGAAAUGCUCCCUUACUGUGCAUAUAUGCGUAUCAAGGCAUAAUUUCUAUGGUUGGAUUACUGAUUGAAUUUGGUGCCGAUCUAGAAAUGACCAAUUCUCAGGGUUGUACAGCGUUAUCUUUAGCUUGUCAAAGAGGGCACACUGAUGUUGCUAGAAGAUUAAUAGCUGCAGGUUCAUCUCUGAGUCACACAGACACAGCAGAACAAACUCCUCUAGUACAUGCAGCUAAGAAUGGACAUCGAGACACAGUAAUUUAUCUCCUUGGUUGUCAAACUGGGAGAGACGACAGGAACUCUUUAGAUAUCGACGGGAGUAUCGAACAACUAGUUCCAGGGUCGAGACAUGCUCUGAUCGCUGCAGCCCAAAAUGGUCACUUAGACAUUGUGGAGUAUCUUCUAGAUACUGCAGAAUUAAAUCCUGAUGGUAUAUGCCCUGUUACGGGUGAGACAGCUCUCACAGCUGCAUGUUCUACUGGAAAUAUUGCAAUUGCUGAUGCUCUUCUAAUUAGAGGAGCAACUCCAUAUUCCUUAAAUGCUAGAGAAAUGUCGCCACUAGCAUUAGCUGCUAAAAACGGAAGGUCAACUCUUGUAUUGAGGCUUUUAGACUCUGGAGCAGAUGUGAUGGGGUCUGAUGGAAAGAUCCCUCUAAUAUUGGCCGCAGCGGAAGGGCAUGUGGAUGUUGUGGAGAUUUUAUUAGAUCAUGGUGCUGACCCGGAGGCAACAGACAGCGAUGGAAUAUGUUCUCUAGGAUGGGCGUGCCUUCGAUCUCGAAUACAAACUAUGGUUACACUAUUAGACAGAGGCGCCAGUAUCGAUCAACCCGACAAUAGUGGGCGUACUCCAUUAGGAUUGGCAUGCGGUGGACCAGCAGAUCUAGUUGAAAUACUAUUGGAGCGAGGAGCAUCGCUGGAGAAAACAGACCACAGCGGACUGAGGCCUUUAGAUAGAGCUAUUGGUCAGAGAAAUGUUCAUGUGGUCAAUUGCUUCCUGAAAAAGGGUGCCAAACUUGGUCCUACGACGUGGGUGAUGGCGUCAGGCAAACCAGAAUUUAUGCUAAUAUUGCUGAAUAAGUUGUUAGAAGACGGCAACAUGUUAUACCGGAAGAACCGUCCAUCGGAAGCAGCACAUCGUUAUCAGUAUGCCCUGAAGAAGAUUAACCCACUGAUAAGUGACGAAGGGCAAAGCACACCAGCCACACAGCCGGUGCCUCAUGAACACGUAUCUGCUUUUGUACAAUUGAAGACGAAUCUGUUGUUAAAUUUGUCGAGAUGUAAAAGGAAAUUAAACGAACCAUCCGAAGCGUUAGACUUCGCAGCGCGUGCUUCCGUCCUACGGCCUAAUGCUUUUGAAUGCGCAUACGCAAUGGCCCGAGCUAUCCUCGCUCUGAACAAACCCUCGGAGGCUCUCCCCCACGCCAGACGGGCCUUAGUUCUAGCACCUUCCACAGACUUAUCAGCUAUCAGGACACUGAAGGCUUUACAGCAAGAAAUACUAACGAGAAUCAACACGGGCUCUCACAGUUUAAGCGUUGAAACAAGAUCUAUGAGAAAUUAUGACACGAUAAGUCUAAAUUUGCCGUAAAUAUAGUUUGUAUAUUUCGACUACGAUUUAUUAUGAAUUUUAUAAUAAAUAUAAUAAGGUAUAACGAAAACUACUUUUGUAACUGGUUUUACAAAAACAAUAUAUGAAAUUGUAAGAAAGAAAAAUUAAGAAUGAUUCUACUAUAGAGUAUAUACUAUAGAGCUCUCAUUUUUUCUAUUAUAAAUUUUCCAUAUAUAGACUAUUUGUAAAUGGAUAGAAAAUACGUAUAUAAGGACUAUUUUAACUUUUUUUUAUAUAUUGAGUGAUGUGUUAACUUCGGUAAAUAGUAUUAUAUGACUUUAUAGCUUCUUAAAUAGUAAAGUAUAAAAAAUACUUUGUAUAAAUACUUUUAUAUGCAUUAUAAAAUAUAUACUACGAUACUUUUAAAAAGCAGUCUUUUUAAGUAAUUUAAUUUGUGGACAGUGAUAUUUUUGUCAUGCGAUUAAAUGACAUUAUAAGUAAUAUUGUAAAUAAUUGUAAUUCUGUCUUACUACAGCUGUAAUGUACAGUUACAAGUUUUUUUUACACAUAAUGCCUCGAAUAUUGUUUUUUAUUCGUUUCUAAAUUUACUUGCCAUUUUGUUUUAUUUUAGAUUCACAAUACCUUCAAACAGUGCCUUGCUUUAACAUGUUUAAUGUAUGAGGUAUUCAGUUUUUGUUGUUGUUUUAUUUUUAAUAAGGUUUUGAGUUAAACUCAUGUAUGUGCCCAUUUCCUUGCUUUAAUUUAUUGAGUCUUUAAGAAAAUUACUUAUUAAAUCUAAAAAGUAUGAGAGUUUGAAGAGAAAUUUUGUUUUGUAAGCGAUAUUAUGCCUAUAUUUUUAAACAUAUAAACGUAUAAAGUGUGAUGUAUGAAAACUUAUUGAAAUUUAUUUAUUUAUGGUUUCCAAUUUUAGCUAUAGACAAAAAUUUUAAAAUAUAAAAAAAAAUUGGUAAAAUUUCUAUUAUGUCAUAAGUGUCUUACAUAGCGUUAGUUAUACAAUCUACUUGCAUAUAAUUUUACACGAUCUAUGAUUGUGUUCCAUAGCGGAAGAAAUAAAAAAUCUAUAGUUUUGGCUAUUGCAGAUUGUAUGUUUUAUUACAAUCUGUGGAAAAAAUACAGCAUUCUAAAUUCAAAUUGAAAUACAAUGCGAGUCUAUAUAUUUGAAUUAAAAUUAACCUGAAUAUUAAAAUUAUGAACAAUUAUUAUUAUAUUUGCAUAUUAAUGACAUUUAUGACAUAAUACGACAUUGUUAACACUGUUUUCUCUCAUUCUGAGCACUACAUCCAAGAUGGUCAAUUCGUAUGAGAUGGCAAAGACUGAUGGAAUAAAAUUUUCUGACAUUUAAAAUGCACUUGUAGCUAUAAACUAAAUUGGUACAGAUAUAUUAUGCUCAUACAAAAGUAUAUAUAUACUCCAGCAUUUAAAAUAAACCUAUUUCAAUGUUUUGUCCUUUUCUUUCGAUUAUUUUGCUUAAUUCGAAAGACAGUGAUAAAACACUAUAAAAUACAAUAAAUUUGCUUAAUGCUUUAUUUUUUUAACAUGUGAGUUAGUGAACAAAGGUACUCGUACAUACAGCUUUAAACAUGGUCAUAGACAAUGAUUUGUCAACGUUAAAUAUGCUUUCGAAUGAGCAGAUAUGUCGGUACCGUUAUAUUUAAGUACAGUAAUAGUUACAGAGACAGUAGAACUUGUUUAUUAUUUUAAAAUUUACAUACUAUAGUAAAUAAAAAAUCAUAUUGCUUCAA